GGCGCUCCUCGCUGGGAAGCAUGCGGAUACCCUCACCAAUGGAGGCACCGGAACCGGACCUGAGCCACCUGUCACCGGAAGAGGUUGCUAAAAUCAGGGAGGUCAUGUUGAGAGCCAAGGACAUGAAGGAAGAGGAAAACAAACGAAUAAGGAAAUUGGAAGAGGAAUAUGUGGCGUACACGGCAGACGUGGAACGGCGUACGACGGAAGUCGUGGCGAGAGAAGGAGAGUUGCGGAAGGACGCACCACUAUGCCCAAUCUGUUUGGAGGCGGAGCUGACGAUACAGGAGGGCAAGAUGACGGAGGGUCAGAAUGUGUGCGCGGACUGCUGCAAUCUCACCUGCCUCCAGUGCGGCAAGAUGGAGCAGUCAGUCACAUCAAAGGAGAUGGAGUGGGUGUGUCACGUUUGUCACAAGAGGAGACAACUCGUGCUAAGUUCCGGUCUGUGGCAUCCUGGCUGUGAUGUGGACGAGGACAUCCCUCUAUCGCGCGAGAUGGAACGUAGGCUGCACGAGCUAGAGCAUGCGAGUGCUGUGCGCGGUCCACUUACGAGGUCGACAUCAAUGGAUGGCCCUGGAAGCUCUGGACCUUCCUUGCAGCGACAGAUGUCACUUCCGGAUUACCAGAUGCCACAAGCCUUCUCCUCGCUACGAACACUUGAAGUCAUACCGGAGAGCAACAUGAGCGACAUCGCGAGUCCAGAGCCGCCGUCGGCUAAGGCAGUCAGUCCUCCGGUCACGACCCCCACAGAGUCCGAGGAGAUGAAGAAGUCGACGGUAUCUGCGAACGGCGGAGGGAGCAUCAGAGGAUUCCUCUCCUCGGUCGUGGGCAGCUGUGGCAUGGGUCAGGCCAAUUCCCGAAGUGAGUCCGAAUAUUCUGAUGGGGUUUCAGACGUCGACAUGGAGGAUGCGUCACUCUUCCGGUCCGCAGAGGGCGUCAGUCCCGACGACGUCAGUGACGAUUACUCUUUCAUGAGCCUCGGCAGUUCCGACGACAACCAAAGUUUACCUGUCCGUCGGAAACAUAGACCUAAAUCCUUAAAUCUUUCUCGUUCUGUGAGCGGGACGUCUUCGGAAGAUGAGACGUCCGACAGUGCAAUUAGUACCGACGUUGAAUCUAAAUACGCUGCCAGUGUUCAUCCGCCUGACCCACACGAACUCCGUAUAGCUUUAGCUGCUAGUGCAUUUGUGGAGGACAUGAGAGGCGUGGAUGCUAAUACGGAAACGGACGACGAAGUGGCGGAUAUAUCCGCGAAGAGUGAUAAUUCCGGUAGUGAUAAGGUGCGAUUCAGUCCCUCUGCCCCCGUGAGCCCAAGCUGGCGGGAAGGUUUGGACAGCCCUCCAUUCUCCCCUCGUCGACGGGACAGCUACCCAGGCAAGAGACGCGGGUCAUCCCCAGUCUCUCCGAAAGAUAAGCGCUUCACAUACACGGAUAUAUCGCCGCCCUCACGGCAACUUUCCAUUGAGGAUCUGUAUGAUAAAGAGUCCCAGCCGUCUAACGGUGAUCCUUCACUUGUACCACAUGCUCAAAGACCUAGUCCAAAGUCACCUGACGAAAUGAAAGAUUCGUUUUAUAGCAAUUCUGGUGAACUUUUAACAUUUGAAAGACCUACUUCUAGUCUUAAAAAAAGUAAACCGUUUUAUUCAUUAGAGGAUGCUGCAAUGGAUUUAAAUGAUUCAACCACAAUUAUGGAUUUAGCAACAUACGCUGCUACUGUAGCUAGUAACACUGCAAACCUAACUUCUAUGUCAAUAUCCCCAACAAACCUAGAAACAAAGUCCGGUGACGCGUCUCCGGAGAGCCGCAGUAGUUCAUCCCCGGUGUCGCCCGGUUACUAUGACAACGUGAAUUAUCCCGGUGAAAACAGUCAGAGCGAGGAAUCGGAAGGAGAAGUGGAGCUUGCGGACCCCUCUCAAAAGUCUAUAGAUUACCAAAAUAGCAAGCGACAGAAGGCUAGGCCUCCAACGACGGACUGGUCGCCGGUGAUCGACCUGUCGCCAAUCCUAGACGUCUCUCCGUCCCUUGAGGAGGCGGAGCAGGCGGAGAUGCUCGCCCAGCAACAGGAGGAACGUGAACGGCAGGCGUCCCGCGAGGGUGACGAGUAUGCUCCCAUGAACACCUUCGUCGCCAUCGGGGACGGCCAGGAUGAGCCAGAUUACCUAUACUACGGGCUUAAGCGGUAUGAGGUGGUGGAAGAUAUAAGUGAACUGGUGAACCAACAGAACAAUGCGAACGGGUCAAAUGCAAUAUCCUCCGUUCAGAUAAACAAUGUCGAUCAUGCUCCAGCAUGUGAUAGUGCUAAAAAUGUAGAAAAUGUGACUGAUACGGGACCAAUAUGUACUAGUACAGCGUCCGCUAUGAUUCCUAAUAAGGCUAUAGAUGUGUCGUCAUCAAAUGCUGUAUACACUUCAACGGAUAAUGUGAUACCAAAACAAGUUGUAAGGUCUAUAGAUACCAACCCCAACAACGUCAACAUGGUCUUAAACAAAGAACCUCUAACUGAUAACUCCAAACCGACCGAUACUUCUGGAGCUGCAGAGACUAAGAGUAAGGCUCGGCGGAAACUUCCUGAACCAACAGCAGAGAUUAUUGCAACACAGAAACCAAUCCCUAAACCAAGGAGGAAAGAGAAGGCCCCAGAUCUUCCCUCAGGUAACCCCCCUCCAAAGCCCGCCCGCGCCCUCGAUAGAGCGGAUCUUAAGGAGCCAACACGCAACCCUCCGAUAUACAGCCAAAGUGCUCUCGCGCAGAAAGCCGCCACGGGUCACAAACCUAAGCCACAAUUACAGAAGCAAGGCUCAGAAGAGCGCCGAAGGACUGCAAAAGAGAUGAAAGCAAAACCUGAUCCCUUGAUCAUGUGUCAUUUAGAACUUGAAGAGGCAUCGGCUUCUCCACAAUAUCGAGUGCUGGAAUCUCCCCCAAGCCCUGAGAAUAAGGCGGCCAUCCGCCGUGAGUACUCGGACAGUACUUCCGUGUCCCCUUCCUCUUCCCCCGACCGCGAGUCUUUCCAGUACCCAUCCCCCGUCACGCCUCCGGAUUCCGACUCAUCGCCUCCAAAACCCCACUCACCUUCUUCAGGCACGGAUUUCGAGGACGAGUUUAUACUCAUCUGCGAUGAAAGUAGCAACAGCACCAGGGCGCAACAUGUGGAUAAAACAAAUGGUAGGAACAAGGACAUGCCGGACAACGGACCCAAGGUAUCGGCUAGGGGGAAGGAGAAAGGCAGGAACGGAAGUCGCUAUAUAGAUGAGCGCGGUUCGAAACACACGAGUAUCGCCCAUGAGAUGGCCACGGCAGAAAGGGGGACAACCGCGGACAAGGCGGCCUACAGCCAUACCGCCAAGUCCAAGCCGCCAUCCACACCGGGCCGCGACCACAAGGGAAAGGACAUGAAGAAGGUCCGUCGGAAGUUACCUCCUCUCCCACCAGAAGAGGACCCACAGCCACAACCCACCGGUAAACCCAAACAGCGCCCCGUCCCAGCCCGAAAACCUCCACCCCGGGCUGACAACAGGAUGGGAAAGGGGCGGUCGUCGGCAUCAUCGGGGACAAGCGACGAUUCGUCCAUGAACGAAGACGACUGGGAGGUGGCGGCUAUCACCCGGAAACAGAAGCAGGUAAACAACUUGGACAAGCCGUCCAUCGACAAGCAAAACGGAAACUACAUCAAGAGUAAGAGCGGAGGCGGCAAAACUACCAACCAAACAAUCACGGAGGUGAACAUCCCGCCGGACAUUGACAUAACUCCCGCUAAAUUGAAAGAUGAUGCGAAUAAAGGUGCUUACAUAAACGAGACUGAUGCAAUAAUUGACGCUAUGAUUAGUAUUUAUGGUGAACCAAUAACUAACGCUAUGAAAGGCCUGAAGCGCCGACUCCAGGAUGAGUUGCGGCGGGUGACGGAAGGGCGGCGAAGGAAAAUUGAUGAAUUUGAAGAAUUAAGAGUUCUAAAAAUUCAGCUAGGUGAAUUGAAAAUAGGUGCAUCCAAUAAAUCAAAUUCGACAUCGUCGAGUUCAAACGGAAAGAAAAGAAAUUCCUCCAACUCGCGAACGUCGCCUCAAAUGAUUAACCGACGCGCUCGCCACAAACGGCAGUCCUCAGAUCCAAUGGUUUCCAAGUUUUCCCCGAUCAAAGAGGAUAAAGACAUAGAAUCUGAGAUACAAAUUGCCCAUAAAGAUGAUAGUAGUAAAGGUUCACGUACUGAUGACAGCUCCUUAUCUGGAGUUAGUGACUCAGACAGUACUAGGUCAGAACCAGUUAAAGGUACUUCGAACCUUGUCAAGAAAAUGAAACCCUCCGAUUAUGCUAAAAUGUUUUAUAAUCAAAAUGCUCAAACUCAUUCACAAGAAAUUCUUGAUAAGUGUAAGGACACGAAUAACUCCCCCCAGCUCAUAACCAGCCAUUCCGAUGGUAACUUGCCAAACAAUGCUGAAGAUGAGGAGACUCGUAUAAGAGAAGAAAAACGGCGGGAGUUACAGUUCGAGAUAGAAAAACGUAAGAAACAGAUAGCAGAACGUGAAGCUAAAUUAAAGGAAGCCAGAUACAACGUGGGCGUCACCACCAAACAGCUGACACAGAGUUGUGAUGAAAUAUCCACCCGAAUGAAUAUACCGCCCUACCACCCGAGGCCAAUCCCCACCGGCAUUAUUAAACCCAUUGACGACGACGGAGACAGUUUUCCGGACAACUCGACAUUCCAAAACCAGGCAAAUUACAGCUCAACCGAAUACCUUGCUCACAAGCAGGAGGAGUUCCUUAGACAACGGCUAGAAGGGUUUUCCUCGUUUUCAUCACCAUUUCUAUACAGUGCAGACUUUGGAGAGAAAAGUGCAUUCGUACCUCAGCCAUUGCGAACCAAUUUAGAUUCGUACUCCUACUCUACUGGUAAUGUAAAUGUAGGCAAAGACAAAGUGAUUUGUGCCAGUGCGACGUUGCCAAACAUUCCAAUGUCCAAAGCUGACUUAGAGAACAACAACCGGCCUGUUUCGGACACGGAAUCGAGUCCCCCGUGCGAGUCGACCCCUGCCAUGCCGCUUCUCAGCGACGUGAAGGCCCGCUCCAGGAAGAUCAUCCAUGACAUCGGCGCCGGAAGUCGACCCGUGUCCGCUGAGUUCAACGUCGGCAUGGAAGACCUGAUGAAUGGAAUGUGUCGUGUUGAGAGUGACAACAGCGUGGACGCGGACGAGCCCAUAAUGAAACACUUAAUGGAGGGGGGAGUCACCAUUCUAAAACAACUGGAAAGGAAGAAACAGCCCCCGCCAUCGGUUCCGAAGAAAUACGACUUUCCUGUAAAACGAAUACUGCUGACAACAGAUCCCAAGGAGAAACAUGGCAAAGGUAGGCCGGGUAACGGUAUCGGGAUGAAGGUCGUGGGCGGGAAGGCGAUCCCUGGCUCUGGCGAGGUUGGAGCUUUCGUCGCCACAAUCUAUAAGGGCGGGGUGGCCGACCAGACACACGGGGAGGUUAACGAAGGUGACCAGAUACUGGAAUGGAACGGUAUGGAGCUGACGGGCAAGAGUUACGAGGAGGUUCAACAGAUCCUGGCCCAGGCAUCCAACGGCGAGGUCGAGCUCGUCAUUAAACCAUGCCAGAUUAGCAGGAAGGUGUUAAACGACACUACUGGGCAGGCUCCGAGCUGUCACUCGUCAUACGAUAACCUGGACAGUGAGGAGGAGUCAGAUGUGAAGCGAAAGACGAGCACUGGCGCGUGUGUGGACGCCCGGCAGAUAGCGGCGACCCUUGAGGGCAUCGAGGAGGACGAGUCGCCCUGCCUCUCCCAAUCGUCCUCUCAGCACGACUACACCACACCUAGUGCUUCCUCUGGUUGCAGUUCCCCGCUCUCUGAACCUGCCUCAACAUCCUCUGAGCAGAACGUCCGCGUCCGCCGCCCAACACGCCGGUCAGUAGCGACCGCGACUGCCACCGUUGGAUCCCAGCCAGCCUCUAACCAACAGUCGUCUGCUCAACAUGUGUCCUCACAUUCCUCAAAAACCGUGAACAAUAAAACGAGAUACGGGAGUCAAGGUCAGCUAUUAGCGCUGGAUUCUGCACCGAUCAAACUGUCUCCGUCCGUUUCCGACAUUGUCCGGCGUCCCUCGCAAACUUCACAAUGCUCCGAUGUUAUGUCGCGGGCACAUCACUCCGGCUCACCAACAAAACAACCCAAGAACCGCCAACAGUAUUACCAACUUCCACCUCAGCCAACACCGACGGCACUUGAGCGACGCCCGUCCAAGAAUCGUGCCGAGACAUCAAAGUCUCCGCCAAGGAUUGAGAAACAGAACAGUGAGAAGCUCGAAACCCGGAAGAAGGAACAGCUGAGCCAGCAGUCGAACUCAUUUGACGACUUCAUACGCAUGUCACAUCACGCCGGGGUGGACGAGCGCCAGACGUCGCCGUCCAAAUCCAGGCCAAAGAGUGGUUUGUCUGUCUCCGCAUCAGAACUGGUCCGAAGGAAGGGCUCCGAGUCGGAGGAUGACAUUAAGAGGUCUCCAAAGGCGUCAAGUCGGGGCAAUAGACAGAUGGGCGAUAUCCAACUGCAGAUCUGGCAUGACGAGCACCAGCAUGAGCUCAAGGUGAAGGUUGCACAGGCCCGCAACCUGCUCCCCAUGGACCUGAACGGACUGUCAGACCCCUUCGCCAAACUCUACCUCCUACCCGGCAGAUGUGCUGAAAACAAGCGACGGACGAAGCAUAUCGCGCGAACGUUAAACCCGGAGUGGCAUGAGACGUCGACGUUCCCUAACGUGCACCGCGAGGAGCUACGUAACAAGACGUUAGAGGUGACGGUCUGGGACUACGACAGGUUCAAGGCCAAUGACUUUCUGGGAGAGGUCGUCAUCGACUUCUCAGAGGAGGCGUUCCUGGACAAACUGCCCCACUGGUAUCCUCUGUGUGGGCACGACGAUUCGAAGGGCCUCGACAUCCCCCAGCCCACGGUUCUGCCUCCCCGGGGCUCACGAUCCUGUAGCGCCUCACCCAGGCAAACCCCAAUCGACAAACCCGAGAAGAGCGGAAGUCGCGGUGAUCGUGUGCGGCCGGGCCUGGGUAGAAGACGGCGAUCCUUCGACACACUACAAGACGUCGACAAAGUCUGAAGUACUGCCAUGCAAUGACUGAAGAAAUAUAUAUGUGUUCAAACGCGCAGGAAAUGUUUUAGAAAACAGCUUCGGCAUUUACAGUUUCACGAAAUGUUGUCAUUACCAUUAACGGUUCACCUGCAUGCAGUCGUACGACAGGCUUUGCCAAGCAAUCAACUAUAUGCAAACGUACGGAAGAUGUCGACACUCUGAGCAGGUCACCCUUGGAAAAGACCGGUAGAUGUCUUUAAGCAGGCCAAGAGCUCGAUCUUGGGGUGUAUUAAUUUAUCACGCCUACCGAAACCAAUGAUUUAUAUAAGAUAUUAAAAUCACAAUUAAAAAAGUGGCAUAUAUAAAUGAGUGUUGACAUUACUGACAUUCUCUGAUAUGACUGUAAUAUAAGAAGUGUAACAUGUGUUCAACAUUCAAUGUUUAAGUAUAAUCUUAGAUGUGUGUUCACUUACUAGUAAAUUUCAUGCAUUUCAUGUCAUGUAAUUCUGCUGGUAAUAUUAUACUUAUUUAAUUAAAAUAGAAUUUUCACCAUGCACCAUAUAUUUCACCAUAUAUUUCAUUUGUUGAGUAAUAGUUACAUUGACCAUAUUAUGAAACAGCGUGGAUAGCUGUUGCAAUUGUUUGCAUGUGUUAAGAGUUUGUAUGUGUUGCUGUUAUUUGAUUUACUUAUUUUAUGAUAUUAAAUUAUUCAUUCCAGUUUGCAACAUUGCAUACGUGAUAAUAAUAAAUUAUAUAACGAG